AUGAGGAGGGGUCCGAUUCAUGAUGAUGAUCAUCAUCAUGAUGCUGCUGUUGCGAGGAAGGGGAGGGUGGUCACAGCCACCGGGGGUUGGCCGGAACUGAUCCGCUGUACCACGACAACACCACCGCCUUCACGGCUUCCGCCUAUCCUUCUGGACGAGCUUAUAGAGGAAAUACUGCUAAGGAUUCCGGCGAGGUCUCUUGUUCGAUUGAGGGACAGAAUCUGCAGUUCAUGGAGAACCCUAAUUUCCAGUUCCCAAUUCGCCAAGCAACACCUUCGACGUUCAACGACGGUGGAUCCAACCUUGACCCACCCACUUAUUGCCUAUUUUAGCAUUGGCUACGCAUACCCGACAAUAGGAGUUUUCUCCGUGCCAUCUCCGGUGGAGAACCCUCCCCAUGAACCCACUAAAGUAGUUCCCUAUAAAGGACGACGCCCCCGCUCCAUCAUUGACUCUUGCAAUGGAUUACUUUGCUUGUAUAAUGUAGAGCGUGACGACGAAGGAUUGCACCAUGGUGCCAUACUAUGGAACCCCUGCAUCGGAUCCACAUCUCAGCCGGUUGAAAUCGGAGGUCCCUUCUCCGUUAGCGGAUUCGGUUAUGAUCAUGUGAAUGACAAGUACAAGCUUUUCGGGAGAGUAUAUAAGAAAUCAGGCGAAUAUGUCAGCAGAAUUAUCACAUUCGGCCCAAAUAUUACCUGGAGAACAAUUGAGGAUUUCUCAUGUAGCAUGCCUAGCCCACACGGGACGUUUUCUCUGGUAUCGUCUGUUGGGAUUUUUGUGAAUGGCACUGGCACUCUUAAUUGGAUUUUUCACGAUUGUUUUAGGUAUGUCGUGGUUCGUUCCCUUGACUUGGUGAAAGAGACUUAUAAUCAGUUUCCCCUUCCCGAUAGGGAUUUAGAUGAUGAUUGCUUUAUGAGUCCCCUUUUGUGUAUCUUGAGGGGCUGCCUUGCUGCUUGUUAUGAGAAUAAGAGAACUCAUUGGACUGUGUGGCUGAUGAAAGAGUAUGGAGUCCCUCAAUCUUGGACUAAAUUGGUCGUAAUCCCCCACCACCCACUACUCGUUAACCCUUCGGCAGGCUUUCCAUUACAGCCAAUCUACAUAUUCAAAAAUAAUGUUCUUCUGGCAAAAGCUCCCAAUCACAAGUUUGUUUUGUUGAACUUGAAUGAUGGCAGCAUAGAUUUUCCUAAUAUUGACAGCUCAAAUGAUGGCAUGCCCAAACUUCGUCCUUUGUCGAAGGGUUUAAGUUCAAGGACCUUUCGACUAUAUCAUGAAAGCUUAGUUUCACUCUCACACCUUGGUCUUCAAAGUUGCUCAUCUGAAAUGCGCUUGGUUAAGCCAAGCCUAUGA